CGCGAUGCCUACCCCAAGCCUGACGACGGUGAGCGGGCCGACUCUGCCGGCCUUCCUGCUCUGCAGCACGCUGCUGGUCAUCAAGAUGUACGUGGUGGCGGUCAUCACAGGCCAAGUGAGGCUGCGGAAGAAGGCUUUCGCCAACCCCGAAGAUGCCCUGAGACACGGUGGCCUCCAGUUCUGCCGAAGCGACCCUGACGUGGAGCGUUGUCUCAGAGCGCACCGGAACGACAUGGAGACCAUCUACCCCUUCCUCUUCCUGGGCCUGGUCUACUCCUUCCUGGGGCCGCACCCUGUGGUGGCCUGGGCACACUUCCUCGUCUUCCUCCUCGGCCGCCUGGUGCACACCUGGGCCUACCUGGGCCAGCUGCGGGCACCCAUCCGCUCCGUGUCCUACACCCUGGCCCAGCUGCCCUGCGUCUCCAUGGCCCUGCAGAUCCUCUGGGAAGCAGCCCGCCACCUGUGACCAGCAGCUGAGUCCUCCUCGGCCACCAGACCAUGGGCAAGAGCCGCUGUGACUGUCCCUGGGGACCUGGUGUCCCUUCCAGAUGGUGAUGGGCUCCGGGUCCUGGCUCCCACGGCCCCUGCUGGGGGUGUGGACCCCUGAGCUGGUGGCCUGUGAGCCCUGCGUGUGAGUGUGAGUGUCUGGCGCAGCCUUGUGGGCUCCUGGGUGAAGUGGCCCAUGGCAGGGUUGGUAGAAAAUCCUGUUCAGCAACAGCAGUGACCCGCUCCUGCCCCCUCCCCAGCGACGAGAGGGGACACCCUUCAGGGUGCCUGCACCUGCCAUCGUCCAGUCCAGGGCUGCAGUGUGGAGCCAUCCCAGAGCCCCUGCCCAGCUGGUCUGGAGCAAGACCCGCCCUCUGUGUGUUACAACAGCUGCCAAGAGGGUCCCGGGGUGGCCAGGCCUGGGAGGAGCCGUCCCCUCCAGAGAUUGGGCUGGGGCGGCCGGGUGUGCUUCCACUGUGAGCCUCCAACCCUGUGGGGA